UUCAUCUUCAAUCGGUUCUCUCUCUCUCUCUUCCACUCUCCACUCCAUACUCUCUUUCUCUCUCUUCUUCCUUCUUCUGUAACUGCAUUCAACCACACAAUCUGCAAGAAGUUUGGCGUCUACGUAUAUCUUCUACCGGAGAAGACUGUAGAUCUGACCGGAACUCUCGUCGGCGACGGUGACAGUUAUAGUACUUCGAGUAUAGAUAUCAUUCAUCAAUGUGAAAAUUCGAUUGUUCGUCGUCUUCUCUUCUAUGUUCAUAAUUCGGAUUUGGUUGUUGAAAUAAUACUUCCAUGGGGGUAUCAGGGAAAUGGAUUAAAGCCUUGAUAGGUUUAAAGAAGUCGGAUAAGUCUCGAUCUUCUUCUGAUAAGGAUGGAAAUAAACAUGGAUUUUUUCGCCACCGAAGAAAGAAUUCAGUUGAGAUUGAUACUGAUAUACUUAAAGAUGAGUUCAGUCAGAAGAUUCUGCCAAAGUUUAAUGUAAACAACACCUCUGCAGUAUCAGAAGGUUUUUCCCCAUCUAGCUCACAUCAGGUGCAGGACGUAACUCAAGUUCAAUGGUAUUCACAAGAAGACUUGGCUUCCGUACGCAUCCAAACAGCUUUUAGAGGAUUUUUGGCUAGGCGGGCUCUUAGAGCUUUAAAGGGGCUGGUGAGACUUCAAGCCCUUGUCAGGGGUCAUGCUGUGAGGAAACAAGCUGCAAUAACUCUUCGCUGUAUGCAAGCUCUAGUUAGGGUUCAGGCACGAGUACGAGCCAGACGAGUUCGUCUGGCACUGGAGAAUCAGACAACACAACAGAAACUGCAACACCAACUUAAUCAUGAAGCUCAUGUUCGAGAAAUUGAAGAUGGAUGGUGUGAUAGCGUGGGAUCUGUCCAAGAAAUUCAGUCCAAGUUGAUUAAGAGGCAGGAGGCUUCAGCCAAGCGUGAGAGGGCUAUGGCUUAUGCACUGGCUCAUCAGUGGCAGGCAGGAUCCAGGCAACAAGCUAAUAUGUCUGGAUUUGAACCAGAUAAAAGUAGUUGGGGUUGGAAUUGGUUGGAAAGAUGGAUGGCAGUUAGACCAUGGGAGAAUCGUUUUCUUGAGAUGAAUAUGAAAGAUGGAGUAAAACUCAAUGAGAGUGUAGAGUCAGCCCAAAGCAAGAAUAUUGGUAUUAAAUCUACAAUGAGAUCGGCAGGCAAGAAGCCUGUACAAAUUGAUUUCUCGAAUCAUAAAAUAGGUUCAUCUCCUCCAGACUGCUCUACUCCUUCCCCUAAAAUGUCAACUAACAUUCUAGACAUAGCUUCUCAUAUUUCUUCCAAGCUGAAGAAUAAUCCAAAUGUUAAAGAUGCUGAUCAAGAAACUGGCCAAAAACUAAACAUUGUGUCAAGAUCUCACAGCAAUCCUAAAGAGAGAUCUUUAGUUUCAGAUAGUAAGCAGCUGGCUAAGAAGCGGUUUUCUCUUCCUAACGCGGGGCAAGGGAGAGUACCCCAUAAUCUCAGGAAAUCUGAUGGUCCAAGUGGAGUGAAAAAGACACCAAUUUUGCAAAAGUCCUUGAAUGGUAAACCGCGGUUGAAUUGGAGUAAUUUAAGCCAAACAAAAUCCAUCUCGUAGGCAACUGUCUUGAUAUUGAAACACUCCUAAGCUAGAUUCUUACUCGACUUUUCGCCAUUGUACAUAUUGAACUCUCCUAGCAGCAUUUGCCCAUUCCAUAAGUUAUUAUUGUCAAUUUUCGGGAUAUUUGAAGUUAGUUGUUUUUGCUUAAUGGUAUUAUUGUAUCUCAUUCUUUAA